AUGAAACAAGUGUAUCAGUGUAGUGGCAUCACCCAGAGAAAAGAGCGUUGUAAACGAACUGUCAAGGUUGAAAAUGGUUUUUGUUCGUAUCACGUAUCCCAAGCUAGCACAUUAUCAAAACAUGAUCAACAUAGAAUACAACGAAUAGAAAAUUCACAUGGUGGACAAUUGAACAGUGGAGGUAAACCAUACAUGGGAAUAGAUGGGCGAUCCGUUUCACGUGAGCCAUACAUCAUACCUGGUCAAUUUGAUAGCUCUCAGUCAAAACGAGACGCGCCAUCAUCACAACAUAUGAGUACUAAAGCGUUUGGCCGGUUUAAUCGCGAUCCACAAUUAGUACAUACUAGAGUCAAAAACUAUGACACAUUUGUAGGCAACGAGCCCACCAAUGAUAAACCAAGAGGAAAAGGUUAUAUCUACAUCUACACCAUGCAAAAUUUCCUUAAACCUCCUAAAGAUUGGACUUUUAAAGUCAAAAACAUCCCCAACACGUCCACACGCAAUAAAGAUAAAUGGACCAAGUUUAAGAGUCGAAGCUCACCUUACAUCUUGAUCAAGAUUGGAAUGACUACUCAAUUACCAAAUGUUCGUAUCAAACAAUGGGAAAACAAAUGCAAACACGAACUUGUUAAUUUAGGUCCACAAAAUGAACAUUUGAUGAAACCUCAUUUACAUUGGUGGCAAAAGUUUUUGUGUUUGCGUAUUGAUGAUGAUGAUACGGAGAUGAAAUUGAGUCGAUUUAAAAAGGAUGGGUUUUAUUGUGAGGAAAACGUGAGUGUUGUCGAAAAUAGAAUUCAUCAACAAUUGAGGAAAAAGUAUGGUAAAGGUGAUGUUUACUGUAGUGGAUGCAUUCCGGAUGAUACUUUAACAAAGAACAAGGACAAAGAGAAGGUCCCUUUACAAAGUAAUUAUAAUGUGCACGUCGAGUGGUUCUUGAUUCCGAAACAAGACAUAAGAGAGGUAUACAGACUAAUUGAUCAAACAUGUAGAUCCAUAGGAUGA